GAGCAAUCGAUUUUUCCGAUGAGAAGAUGAUCGCGACAAUUAUCUUCACUAUCACGAUUAUCGCUUGUCGCUCUGUCUCUUCCGCAUUUCCGUAUAAUAGAAGUAAAGGGCCCUCUUUCUAAACCGAUAACAAAAGAAAGAACUAGGGGUGAUGUUGGCCUUGAAGAAGAAACGCGAGGCAGAAAAGAAAAAGGCGGAAGAAGAAGCUAAGGCGGCUGUGGCUGCUCCCAGCGUCAGCGCUCCGUCCGAGAGCACUGAGGAGGGCGGUGGGCAGGUGUCCUUGUUCGGAAUCGGUGGUCAAAAAAAGACCAAGAAAGGCGAAUCUUCGGCGACCAAAAAGACUCCUGGAGAAAUCCGUAUACAGAAGGGUAGGUUCGUUUCGUUUCGUUUCGUUUUCACGCCGCCACCUUGUAUUUCCUUUCAAAUCCUCGACUCUCACACUCAAUCGCUUGUCUGGCUCUGGUCGGUCAAAUGGCACCACCGUUGUCUCGAUGCAUCCGAACACACAAUUUUUAUUUUCUCACAAUCAAAAUGAAAUCACUUCACAUCCAUGAAUAAAUCGAAAAAUCUUCUAUUCAAUAUGUGAUCGAUUGUGAUUUCACAACCAAAAUCGUCUUUGUUUCAGACAUUGGAGAGUUGGACGGAGGAAAGGUAGCUGAGGUCACCUUUCCAAAACCAAAUGAUCUAACCAGUUUCAAUGUUUCUAUAACCCCCGAUACCGGCUACUGGAAGGGUGCAAGGUAUGAAUUCGAAUUUAAGGUACCUGCCCAUUACCCCCAUUCCCCGCCGAAGGUUGAGUGCAAGACGAGCAUCUACCACCCGAACAUUGAUUUGCAGGGCAAGGUUUGCUUGAAUAUUUUGCGCGAAGACUGGAGACCUGUAUUGGACAUCAAUGCGGUCAUUUACGGUUUGAUAUAUUUGUUCUACGAACCAAAUCCGGACGAUCCAUUGAACCACGAGGCUGCCGAUCUGUUCCGAAAGGACAUCCAGAGUUUCGAGCGGCUCGUCAACCGAACACUUCGUGGUGGUACACUAGAUGGAGUAACUUUCGAGCGAUUGGUCUAGACGAGCAAUGGACAAAGCGAGAGAGAGAGAGAGCAACGGAAAACAGUACCGAGGAAACUUAUGGCGAAUCGCACUGAAUAGCAAAUUUUGACCGAAAGCAACCAGAUCUUUGACGGUGUAAAACAAAAUGUACAAACUAGAACCAAGAUGCAAAUAAGGAUAUUAUAAUACUAUAAUAUUUGUGCCAUGAGCUUUUUAAC